UUUCAGUACGCUUCCGAGUGUGGUGAUGACCGGUCGUGUAAUUUUCUGGCUUUAUGCCACAAAUAUAAUUUUAUAAAUAUAACUGAGUAAUAACAACAAGUACAAGUGUUCAAUAAAAUAUUAAAAAGGGAUAUAUGUAUGUAUAUACAUAUAUAUAUUUAAAUUAAUAGAUUUACGCUAUUAAAUAACCAGUUCAUAGUGUUAUACAUACUACGGUAACACUAGUUUUGUGGUCGGAUUUUUGUUUAUCAUAAGCACCGUUCUUUUUUCAUCGUUCUUUUUUUGAGUACGUUGAUAUUUAUUUUUUAUUUGCCAGACUGUCGUAUUUAUUUUUGUUACUAAAACGAAAACAAGAAAAGAAAAUAAAAAGGAAAACAAACACAAAAGUGUCAGUUGCGUACAAAUAUUGCUGAAUUGGGUUAAAUUAUAAAUAAAUAGGAGGCAAUUCGAGCUUCAAAAAUAUAAUUUAACUAGUGGAUGUUUACCGUUCCAGUGAUCGUAAAUUGUUCACCGAUUUAAUUGCAUAUUGUGUUUAUUGAUUUGCUUACGAGUAUACAUUGAAUCCUGCUUAUACAUAGUACUAAAAUCAUCUGGCAAAGAUAGAAGCACAGUCCUGGAAGGAGAGAAGAAAAAAGAUUAAAUAUUUGAAGCGAACAUUUCUUCGAAAUAUUCAAAGGACUCAUCGCGCAUUACUGCAUUUAUUGCCUCGGUUCUAACUUCAAGUGUCACAAACAGAAGUCACACGCCAGCAACCGCUUCGAAAUAACUGUACACAAUGGAUGCUUCCGGUAGCAAUGUGAAAGUUAGUAAUUGGGAAAAAUUCAAAUUAUUGUUGUGGAAAAACUGGAUUCUACAAUGGAAUCACAAGCUGGAACUGAGCGUAGAGUUGGUGUUGCCCGCCGUUUUCUCUUUACUGCUUGUAUUGGUGCGAAUCCUGGUGGAGGUGGAGACGAUGGGUGUAACAACCUACCCGCCAUUAAAUAUUUCUAAUUUGGAUAUAUUCAAAGAGGAGCUAGCAACAGCUAGAAGAGUGAAACAAAUGAUCGGUUUAUUCAAGGGGGACAGUGAGGCAUUGAGUACUAAGAGUCGAGCCAAUGUUCCCGUUUACAAAUUACUCUACUCGCCCACCAACAAAUUUUUGGAAGCGAUAGUUAGCGAAGCUGCAGAAAGUUUAAAUAUGAAAGGUUACGAAAGCUAUCCGAAUGCCAGCGCUUUGGAAAGCGAGUUAGUCACCAGUAACUACUUGACGGGCGUUCAAUUUGACGAUUCGCUAUACAACAUCACCGAUUAUCCGCGCAAGUUUGCGUUUUCGUUGCGCUUUCCGAGCGAACUUCGUACAGCGACACGAUCUUUGGGUUGGACAUGGCUAACUUCGAAAUUGUUUCCGCUUAUCGAUUUUCCUGGUCCUAGAAAUCCUGAACAAAAUGACGGGGGUCUACCGGUGGGAUAUUUGAGAGAGGCUUUCUUGCCCGUACAACAGGCACUCUCGAUGGCCUACUUGAAAUUGGCUGGUAAUCAAGAAAAUUUACCAUACGUCGAAAUGCAGCGUUAUCCUUAUCCAGAAUAUAUAAGUGACCCUCUUAUAGAAGCAUUAGAAACGAUAUUAUCUCUAAUUGUGGUGCUAAGUUUUAUUUAUCCGUGUACGUCAAUAACAAAGAGUAUUACCGUCGAAAAGGAGAAACAGUUGAAAGAAGUCAUGAAGAUCAUGGGCCUUGACAACUGGUUGCACUGGACUGCAUGGUUUGUAAAAUCAUUUAUAAUGUUGGGCAUUUCCUCUGCGCUGAUUAUAAUCCUGGUUAAGAUCAAAUGGUUAGAGGGUGUCGCUGUGCUCUCCUACAGCAACUGGUCCAUUCUCCUCGUAUUUAUGCUUGUAUACGCAACAGCCAGCAUCUGCUUCUGUUUCAUGAUGGCCACGUUCUUCACAAGUGCUAGCACUGCAGCCGCUGUCACUGGUCUGGUCUGGUUCAUCUCCUACCUUCCACUGUCAUUUACCGAUAAAGGCUAUGAACAGAUGUCACUGCGAUCGAAGUUAGGUUGGUGUUUAUUCUCUAAUACAGCCAUGGGAUUUGGCUUCAAAGAAAUACUCGGUUUUGAAGGCAAUGGCGAGGGUUUGCAAUGGAGCAAUCUGUUCACACCAGUUUCCGUGGAUUCUAAUCUUACAGUCGGCUUAAUUAUGGUGAUGAUGCUAGUCGCUUCUGCACUCUAUAUGCUUAUCUGUUUGUAUGUCGAGCAAAUUAUGCCUGGAGGCUUUGGUGUGCCAAAGAAGUGGAAUUUUCCUUUUACUCCCAGUUUUUGGUGCGGCCAUAAGGAAUAUGCCGGCAUUGAAGAUAUGUCGAAUAAGUCGAUUGAACGCCAAACACCAAGUGCUUUUGAGAUGGAACCUGCAGGAAAGCACGUUGGCUUACAGGUUAAAAAUUUGAAGAAACGCUUUGGAGAUAAAUAUGCAGUAAAAGGUUUAUCAGUGAAUAUGUAUGAAGACGAAAUAACAGUGUUGCUCGGACAUAAUGGCGCUGGUAAAACGACUACAAUUUCAAUGCUAACUGGAAUGUUCCCACCCACCGCUGGUACGGCAAUAGUUAAUGGUAGUGACAUACGCACCAAUAUUGAGGGCGCACGCACCUCGCUCGGCAUUUGUCCACAGCAUAAUGUGCUAUUCGACGACAUGAGCGUUGGCAAUCACAUAGUCUUUUUCAGCCGUUUGAGAGGUUUGAAAGGUAAUGAAAUUAAAGUUGAAGUAGAUAAGUACCUGAAAAUGAUCGAGCUAGAGGAUAAAAUAAAUGUAGCAUCCUCGAAAUUAUCCGGUGGCAUGAAGCGCAAACUAUCGGUUUGCUGUGCACUUUGCGGUGGCACAAAAGUGGUGCUUUGCGAUGAGCCUAGCUCUGGAAUGGAUCCAGCAGCAAGACGCCAAUUAUGGGACUUGUUGCAGGCAGAGAAAAUCGGACGUACUCUACUAUUGACGACACACUUUAUGGAUGAAGCGGACAUACUGGGCGAUCGCAUUGCUAUAAUGUGUGACGGUGAGCUGAAAUGCCACGGUACGUCAUUCUUCCUGAAGAAGAAAUAUGGCUCCGGUUAUCACCUGAUUUGUGUAAAGCAGGAAGGUUGUAACGCGGAUGAAAUAACUGCAUUAUUGAAUAAAUACAUACCGGGUAUUAGACCUGAAGCUGAUAUUGGUGCUGAAUUAUCUUAUCAGCUGCCCGAUAGUUACUCAGCAAAAUUCGAAGAGAUGUUUAGCGAUUUGGAAACAAAUUCAACGAAUUUGAUGCUGGGCGGUUAUGGUGUAGGUAUUACCUCGAUGGAGGAGGUAUUCAUGAAAGUGGGUGCUGAGAACGCAGGCAAUGGCACAAAGAAGGAGCAAAUGGUCAUCAUGAAUGGAGGAAACGGUUACAAUGACGAAGAUAUUGAAUCGAUGAAUUCCGAUAGCAUGUUUUCGGAGAACACACGGUUACUUAGAGGCAAGGAUCUCUACUGCAAUCAAUGGCACGCAAUGAUACUUAAAAAGUUUCUUUAUACUCUUCGCAAAAAAAUUUUGUUCGUCAUACAAAAUUUCUUGCCCAUCUUCUUUGUAGUCAUAACCGUUUUGAUCUCACGCAAUCAAAGCACUUUCCGCCCAUUACCAGCUAUAACAAUGAGUGUGACUCAAUACCCCAAAACGUACACAAUUCUUGAAGCGGCUAGUAAUAUAGCACCGGGCUCGCUGGAAGAACGCAUUGUUGCUGAAUACAAAAGUAUUUUUGGUUCUUAUUCCACCAAUCACCAGCUGCAAACUACGGGCCAACGCAAUUUCACUGAAUAUAUUUUAGAUCUGGGUAAAACUGAACAAGUGCGUAUCAAUGCCCGUUACGUGGCAGCAGCUACGGUGGAAUCUGGAAAAAUCACGGCUUGGUUGAACAAUCAACCCUUGCACACAGCACCACUGACAGUGAAUCUUGUGCACAAUGCCAUGGCAAGGGCACUUAUCGGUGAGGAAGCAUCUAUAAGCGUUACUAAUGCUCCAUUACCCUACUCCUUUGAAACUAAGCUGGCACAACUGAACGUUGGCACAAAUGUGGGCACACAGCUGGCUACCAACGUUGGCUUCUGCAUGUGCUUCGUAAGUGCCUUCUAUAUACUAUUCCUGAUUAAGGAGCGCGAAACGCGUUCAAAAUUGUUGCAAUUCGUGGGUGGCGUACGUGUAUGGACUUUCUGGCUGACGCAACUGCUGUGGGACUUGACUACCUAUACUAUAACUGCUCUGAUAGUGAUAAUAACCAUCGCUUGCUUCCAGGAAGAGGGAUAUGCAAACUUCUCAGACUUGAUUCGCUAUUUCCUAAUACUGUUUCUGUUCGGGUUUGCUGUUCUGCCGUUCACCUAUUUGCUGUCGUUUUUAUUCAAAGAGCCAGCUACAGGUUUUGCUCAAACUUCGACUAUAAAUAUUUUUACGGGUGUAGCGCUUUUCGUAGUUAUCGUCGUCAUGUCCUUUGAAGCCUUCGAUACCAAGGAUGUGGCGGACGGCUUACAGUGGGCUUUCAGAAUAUUCCCACACUUUUCGCUUUCAAUCAGCUGGAAUAAGCUCUAUGUUAAUUGGGCUACGCGAAAUACCUGCGGCAGUGAAGUUCUCCAAGUUCUACCUGAUGCGUUGCGUUGCGCUCUUCUACCACAGUGUUGCACUACAACGCCAUAUUUUGCUUACGAGGAACCGGGCAUUCUACUAGAAACUUUGUAUAUGGUCGGAACUGGCAUAAUAUUCUUCCUUAUUAUCAUUUCGCGUGAAUAUGGCAUAAUUGACGAAAUUGUUUACAUGAUCAGAAAGAGGGCAUUUAAGCCACCACCACCUCCUGAGGACGGCUACUUUGAUGAUGACGUUGAUAACGAAAAGAAUCGCAUAUUAAAAAUGACCAAUGAUCAAUUGGCUAAUCAGAAUUUGGUGCUUAAUGGCGUUACCAAGUAUUAUGGCAAAUUCCUAGCAGUUAACCAGGUCUCGCUGUGUGUCAAAGAAAACGAGUGUUUCGGCCUCUUGGGUGUAAACGGUGCCGGCAAAACGACUACAUUUAAAAUGAUGACUGGUGAUGAACGCAUUACUUAUGGCUCGGCGUAUAUUAAGGGCAUGUCUCUGGAAUCUGAAAUGAGUCAGAUUUACCAGGACAUCGGCUACUGUCCACAAUUCGACGCAUUGCUAGAUGACUUAACAGGACGUGAGACAUUACAAAUCUUCUGCCUUUUACGUGGCGUGCGCCGUAAGAGAAUUAAUCGCAUCAUUGAUGAUUUGGCAAAGUCGUUCGGUUUCACAAAACAUUUGGAUAAGCCAACAAUGACCUAUAGUGGUGGAAACAAGCGUAAAUUAAGUACAGCAAUUGCUGUAAUCGGCAGCCCCAGUGUAAUAUACCUCGACGAACCGACAACAGGCAUGGAUCCAGCUGCGAGACGUCAACUCUGGAAUAUGGUCUGUCGCAUACGCGAUUCGGGAAAAUCCAUAGUACUAACAUCGCAUAGUAUGGAGGAAUGUGAGGCGUUAUGCACACGUCUGGCCAUUAUGGUAAAUGGUGAAUUCAAGUGUAUCGGCUCUACGCAGCAUUUGAAGAAUAAGUUUUCGAAAGGACUGAUCUUGAAGAUGAAAGUGAGACGUGCGCCAGACCCAUUGAGACCAUCAGCAAGAAGUUCAAGAAGCGGUCGCUCUGAAUUGUCUGAUGCGAGCAUGAAGAUGCAGCAGGACAUUGCUGCGGUGAAGGAGUUUGUUGAGCAAAAGUUCCCACAUGCAAUACUGCAAGAGGAAUACCAGGGCAUUCUCACAUUCUACAUUCCACUCUCGAGUAUUAAGUGGUCUAGUAUAUUUGGAUUAAUGGAGAAGAAUCGUGAUAAUCUUAAUAUCGAAGAUUACUCCAUUAGUCAGACAACGUUGGAGGAAAUAUUCUUGGAGUUUGCAAAGUACCAGCGUGAAGAUCCACGCACGCUUAAAAUUAAGAAAAAGCGCUGCAAUUGCUGUCCGAAAUGACAAUUAAUGCAGGAUUGCAUGUCAGGAUCAAAACAACACCAACAACAAUACCAACAGCAAUCGUUGGACCAAGAGCUACAUGAAAUAACGACCCCGCAAACGAAAACCAAAGGAGUUACAGUCUAAUUAUAAAAUGAUGCACCUGCAUACAUACAUACAUGUAUAUGUAUGCGUAAUUGUCCGCAUUUGCACAAAAAUUUGCAAUAUGUACGAGCAAAUGAAAAGUUAUUUUAUUUAUUUAAGUAAAUGAAAUAUGUAUAUGGAAAAUGUCCGGCGAUAAGGUAGCAUGCAGUGGACGGCUUGAAGCACAAAAGCACACAUCAGACGCUCUCUGGACGGAUGGGCUAGGAAGUUUUACUACAUCUAUAGCUGAACCGAUUGCAUAUUUCGAAGAGGUGCUAUUCUAUAAGUAUAUAUACUUUACACAUUUACACAUGCAUUCAUUCGUACAUACAUACAUAUAUAAGUACGCAUAUACAAGUGUGUGCACAUGCAUACACUUAUAAUUUAGCAAGUAAAUGUGAAACUAAACGUGCCUAAAUUCAUACAUACAUACAUGCAUACCUAUAUACACAUACUUACAAGUUGAAUUGUACUUCUCUUAAAAUACGUAUUUACUUAAAUUUUUGCUUGCUCUUAAGAGCGAAAACUCUUAAACAUGUCUUUUUGACAAACAUUCGCUUAUAUGUGUGUAUUACCUACCUGUAUGUAUAUAUAUGUAGAUGCUACAUUUAUUUAUAUUUACGUGCGUAAAUAAUUGUAAACAGAGGCGAGUUUAACUUGGUUGAAAAGUUUGCAACUUGCGUGAAAUAACUACUAGUUAAUAAUAAAUAUUAAUUUUAAAUCCCUACUUCUAAAAGAUGAACUAUUUUUAAACUCUUGGAAUGAGUAUUUAAUUUUGGAAUUAAUUUAUGAAUUUAUAUUGGAAUCCGAACGAUUUUAGCGUUAAUUAUGAAAAGUAUUAAAUUUUUGGUAUAGCUACUCACCAAAUGUAUUUUAUAAUUGUACCAUUGACAGUUGAUUUAUCUAAAGUUUAUUAAUGAAGGAUGUGGAAUGUUCAUUAGUAGCAAAUGCGUAUAGCUUUAAAUGUAUAACAUAAAAACUAUGAUUUAACACAAACAUUAACUACUUUGUAUAGUAUUUUUACAAUCUAUUUAACAAUCAAAUUUAUUUUUAAGUGAUUUGCAAACAAGGUUUACACAAACUAAAAAACGAAACUAUGUGAUGAUGCUAUUAUAAUAAAAUUAUAAUUUGAAAAUUA